CACCGAGACCUUGCGGCCCGUAAUGUGUUGGUUGGACAAAAGGAAACUUGUAAAGUGACAGACUUCGGAAUGGCCAGAGAUGUGCAGCAGGAAAAUAUUUAUGAACGAAAGACUAAGGGCCGUCUUCCAGUGAAGUGGACAGCUUAUGAGGCCUUGAUGUAUGGUAAAUAUACCACCAAAAGUGAUGUAUGGAGUUAUGGAGUUUUGCUGUACGAGAUUUUUACCAUAGGUGGUUCACCUUACCCACGAAUGGAUGGCAGAAAAAUUGCAAACUUACUUCAGGAUGGAUACAGGAUGCCUAAACCACAACACGUCGAUGAAGAAUUGUAUCAGAUUAUGAUGAAAUGCUGGAAGAAUGACCCAGAUGCAAGACCAACUUUUACUGAAUUGAAAAAUCAGCUUAAGGACAUGGAAACCCUACACAAGAAGCUGAUCAACAUGACAACGUACGACAAGCAGUUGUAUGCAAACGUCGAGGAUUUAAUAGUGUAGUUAGAUAGAAUCCGCGGUAUAUGACCGGCUAACAGUUUGAACACUUUGCCACAACAAGUUUCAGGGCUGAAUCACCUUUUCCUCACACGCUUACUUGGUAGAAAAAGCCAUUUUGUGUGAAGCAAUUAGGCUGGAACGUUAUAACUCAAUUGAUUUUAUAUUCUUAAACGCUGUAACGCUUUUAUCAGUUUACCGAUAAAGUAUACUCUCAUUUUCUCUUUAACAUGUUUAGCACUUACACGCAUGCUCGACACAAGCGUUGGAGUUCAGUUUAUUUUCUGACUCAAUUCUGAAAGGCAGGAUAGUGCGGAAAAUAUCCAAUUAACUAGAUUGAUGAGAUCUCGUUCUGUGUGCCGUAGUUGUCUGCAGUUUUAGUAAAUUGCUAAAAAAUUGUUUUGCCGCAAAACCCGCUUGGUUUUAGGAAAGCUAUCCGGCGCAUAAACUGCUUUCCCUAAGACCGCAUCUACCUGCGAUACUAACUCGAAAUACUUUUACACUGAAAGUAUUAUUAAUUAAA